AGUCAUUUGUGUCUCAGAUCGCUUCCGCCCUACGUACUUUCCUUCUUUUCUUUUUCUUUUUCCUUUUUCCUUUUUCCAAUUUCAGAAACACGAUGAUGACGUGGAGCGGCGCGGAUAUCAAGCUUUCGCCCAUUCGCCCUUUUCCUUCUGGAAUGUCUCACAACGCACAGACAGACAGCCAAGUUCUUUUCCAUUCUCUGCUCACGGCCGGCUUCGGAUAGUUAACCAUCCCCAAUGCAGACACGGAAGAUGCGUAAUCACGGUCCACUCCUUUUUCCAGAACAACACAUGCUUAGACAAGCAAGGCAAGACAGCCUUCCCCCUUCAGCGGAGUCAGCGGAGAAGCUUGCGCCAACUACCGAUAACCAAAGAAGCAAGAAACAGAGUUUGUUGCCAGGCCCGGACCUGGAAGCGCGCGAUGGUGAAGACCCCCCGGCGGAUUUAGGCUUGACAGAGACGAGCCCGAAACUCUAAGCCCGCCCCUCCUUCAAGAGAUAGAGAUUGACAUGGCGUAUGUGUGCAAGCCUCA